AUGUUCGUGAUGAUCACAUAUGAAAACGUCUUCCUCCGAUGGUUCCUUUCACUAAUUCACAUAGCACAGACCCUGGACGAGAUUGGUUGGACACCAUAUCACUUGAAAUUGUUCUUUCUUAAUGGCUUUGGGUAUGCCGUGGACGCUUUACAACUUUCACUCCAAGGAAUCAUCGCCACACAGGCAGUCUACGAAUUUCAACCUUCCUACGAAACGGGCCUCACAAUCGCAGUGUACACCGGGAUGCUUGUCGGUGCCCUGUUUUGGGGCCUUAGCGCUGACAUCUUCGGACGGAAGGUCGCCUUCAACGUGUCACUCUUCAUCUGUGCGGUUUUCACCAUCGUCGCCGGCGCAGCUCCCAACUGGGGUUCGCUUGGAUUCUUCAUUGCCCUCUCAGCAUUCGGUGCUGGUGGAAAUCUAGUUCUCGAUACUACGGUCUUCUUGGAAUAUUUACCCUCCAACAAGCAAUGGCUUGUAAUCUGGCUUGCUGCUUGGUGGGGAGUUGGAUGUACGAUCGCAGGGUUGGUUGCUUGGGGUUUUAUGCUUCCUGAUGUGUGGCAAUCUAUAGCCAACUACAGCUGUUCCAACCCAAAUGCGGCACCAUUUACACCUUGCACCAAGGCCAACAACAGCGGCUGGAGGUAUCUGAUGUACACCAUGGGAGCAAUGAUAUUCGCCAUGAGUCUUGCUCGAGUCACAGUUAUCCGUCUCAAGGAAACUCCGAAAUUCCUUCUCGGACAAGGCGAGGAUGCGAAAGUGAUAGAGGGUUUCCAAGAGUUGGCAUCGAAAUACGACCGGCCAUGUUCCCUGACCGUGGAGCAGCUUGAAGCAUGUGGUACUAUCAGCUCCGCUCACUCAAAAUCUAGAUUCUCCAUCGGUGAAUUUUGGAUCCAUAUCCGAAGUUUAUUUAUGACGAAAGAGGUGGCCUUCACGACUCUUCUCAUCUGGUUGUCGUGGUCUAUGAUUGGACUUGCGUACCCCUUGUUCAAUGUAUUCUUGCCCUCGUAUCUCGCUAGUCGUGGUAUUGAAUUCGGUAUCACCAGUACAUAUGAGACUUGGAGAAAUUACGCUCUAGUCCAAGUCUGUGGUAUCUUUGGACCUAUGAUUGGUGGUCACAUGGCAAAUUGGCGGUUCUUAGGGCGUCGUUAUACGAUGAUUAUUGGUGCCGUUAUUACCAUGGCCUUCUUCUUUGCCUACUCUCAGGUCACUUCUCAAGUUGAGAAUAUCACGUACAGCUGCGUCAUAUCUUUCACUCUAGAGAUAUAUUACGGUACACUAUAUGGAUAUACAGCCGAGGUGCUACCAUCUGCUCAUAGAGCCACGGGCAAUGGUAUUGCAGUGGCUUUCGGCAGGCUUAUGGGCGUAAUGUCAGCUGUUAUUGCUACCGUUGCAAACACGGCAACUACAGGACCCAUUUUCAUAUGUGGUGCAUUGUAUGGUGGUCUUGCUAUUUGUGCAUUCUUGUUUCCAUUUGAACCAUAUGGUAGACGAGCCUCUUAG